ACAAUUGUUUAGAUUAAUCUCCAGAAUGUCAAUACUCCUGAAAAAAUCGGCAAAGUUUAUGUUUAUUCAUUGGACUCGGUGGUCUCGACUGUCAGUCAAAUACUCCACUAAGGCUGAAAACGUUGAUAAGAACAAAUACACAAAUACUGUUUUACUGCCUCAAACGAAAUUUCCUCUGAGAUUAAAUGGCACUCAGAGGGUGGAGAUGGAUAAUUACUUACUUAAAAAAUGCGGAUUCUCAGAUCUCUACAAUUGGCAGAGAUCGAAUCUGUCACCUCCGGACUUCACCCUGCACGAUGGACCCCCCUACGCGAAUGGUGUCCCUCACCUGGGACACGCAGUCAACAAAAUCCUGAAAGACAUCACCCUGCGCUGUCGAGUGAUCCGAGGUGAAAGGGUGCACUACACCCCAGGGUGGGAUUGUCACGGUCUUCCAAUCGAGCAGAAGGUUCUAUCGACCCCUAAAAAUCGUUCCCUCCCAGUCCCAGAGCUGCGUUCCCUGGCUCGAAGAUACGCCCUGGAGCAACUGGAGACCCAAAAGAAGGGGUUCGCUUCUUGGGGAGUGAUGGCUGACUGGACAUCAUGCUAUCUCACCCAGGACCCCUCAUACAUAAAAAACCAGCUGCAACAAUUCUUCAAUCUUUACUCGAAAGGAUUGAUCUUUAGGGAUUUCAAGCCAGUGCACUGGUCCCCAUCCUCAGGAACAGCUCUGGCAGAAUCAGAGCUGGAGUACAAUGAGAAUCACAAGAGCAGAUGCGCGACAAUUCGUCUGCGACUAACAAAAGUACCUCCAGUUCUUUCAACGUUCACCAAAUCAAUCUACGCCCUCACCUGGACAACUACCCCCUGGACCCUGCCCUCGAACCAGGCCCUGAGCAUCUCCAAGGAUAUGUCAUAUUGCCUCUCAGAUGCAGGAGAGGUCUUGUACAUAUGCUCCGAGGAGCUCUUGCCCUCGAUCAGCGAAAAGUUGGGGCCCUUGCAAAAAAUCCUCACUCUCUCUGGAGAGGAUUUAAAACUCGCUGAGUAUUCCCACCCCUUCUCGAGAGAAUCUUUGCCUUUCCUGGAGAGCUCUCACGUCACUGAUAAAAUUGGAACUGGAAUCGUGCACACAGCACCUGCCCAUGGGAACGAGGACUUCCUGGUCGGUCUCGCCCAUGGGAUUUCUAUCAAAUCGUUGGUGAAUGAGAAAGGAAAGUUCACCGAGGAUUCUGGAGUCUUCGCAGGGCUCGAGGUCUUCGGGGAAGGAACUGCAGCUGUCCUGGAGCACCUCGGGGAAGACCUGGUGCACACUGAGGAGAUCGUGCACAGUUAUCCUUAUGACUGGCGGACGAAGAAGCCUGUAAUCACUAGAGCCAGUUACCAGUGGUUUAUUGACACCGAGGUCCUCAAGGAGAAGGCCCUCGAGGCUGUAGACACCGUGGAGUUCUUUCCAAGGGGCAAGGAGGCCAUCUGCAGGGAUUAUUUGAAGCAGCAGAUCAGCCGGAGGCCCUUCUGGUGCCUCUCCAGGCAACGAGCCUGGGGAACCCCCAUUCCUGUUUUUUAUAAGGGCUCUGGAGAAGUCGUCAUCAAUCAGGAGAUUGUGCAGAGGGUUUGCCAGGUCUUUGAGGAUAAGGGAGAUGACUCCUGGUGGAAUCUCGGUGUCGUGGAACUUCUUGGGGAGGAGAUACUGACGAAGUACGAACUGAGGGAGGGCGAUUUGGAGAAAGGACAAGAUAUCAUGGAUGUAUGGUUCGAUUCUGGGAUUUCCUGGUCUCAGGUUCUCCCUGGAAAAUCAGCUGAUCUUUACCUCGAGGGGAUGGAUCAGUUCAAUGGAUGGUUUCAUGCCUCUUUGGUGACUUCUGUUGCACUCCAGGGGCAGGCGCCCUUCAGGUCGAUUUUCGUGCACGGUUUCACGGUAGAUAAAAACGGCCAGAAGAUGUCGAAGUCCCUGGGGAACGUAAUCAGCCCCGAGGACGUAAUCCGGGGAAAAAAGAGCGAUAAAAAUGCCCUGGGUACUGAUGUCCUUCGGUGGUGGGUGGCUAAUCAUGGAGUACAGCACAUGCAGAUACCAAUCGUCAAUGACGUUCUGAAGGAGAGCGCUGAAAGUGUCCAGAAGAUCAGGGCUGUCCUGAGAUUCCUCCUGGGAGCUCUCCACGAGGAGGAUCUGGGGGGUGAGGCCAAGGCUGAGUACCUUCUGCUGGACAAAUUUAUGCUUCACAGGCUGUAUCGCUUCAACAGAGAGGUCCAGGAAUUCUACAACAAAAUGCAGUACCAUCACGCGGCCAGGACCAUCCUUAGGUUCGUCAGCAAUGACGUGUCCUCCUUGUAUUGCCCUCUCGUCAAGGAUAGGCUCUACUGCGAGAAAGCGAACAGUCCUCUCAGAAUUGCAGCUGUUGACGUCGUCGAUGAUAUUCUUACUGUCGUCACCAGGGCAGUCGCCCCUAUUCUCCCUUUUCUCGCUGAAGAGGUCUGGCUUCACCAUCCGGAGAACUUGACCUCCGUCAGUUUAUACAGAUCGACACCCUGUGAUCCUCCAGGGGAGUGGGAGAAUGAGGAGGUCGAGGAAGUCCUGGAGACUGCGUUGAUGGUCAAGGGACUCGUCAAUAAAAUCGUCAAGGGGCACAGUCUGGAGAUGGCAGGUCUCGUCAGGGUCGGAGGGCAAUCAUUCAAGAAUUUAUCGAAACUCCAGAGGGAAAGUACAUCGGCAACCUCCGAACUAUCAAACAUCCUGCAGCUAUCGUCCGUUAUUCUAGUCGAAGACCCUUCAUGCACGUCUCCAGAAAUUGAUGUUGUACCGAUUGAAUAUUCAUUAUGCAAACGAUGCAGAAAAUUCCCAGAAUCCCAAUACGAGCUGUGCGUCAGAUGUAUACGUAUUUUAAAUGUCGAUUCCAGUACGUGAUCAAU